AUGGAAUACUUGAGCAGGAACUUGAAGACUUUGAAGCAUGAGAAGGCUUUUCAUUAUCAUCCCAUGUGUUCAAGGCUGGAUUUAACUCACUUGAGUUUUGCGUAUGAUCUCCUCCUAUUUGCAAGAGGAGAUGUUGCAUCUGUAACAUUACUACAUGACAGAUUCAAUAUUUUUUUAGCAGUAUCAGGUCUUAAAGCUAACCUAGCCAAAAGCUUUAUUUACUAUGGAGGGGUCAGCUUAGAAGUGAAACAUGACAUACAGCAAAAACUAGGAUGUAGUCAAGGAUCUCUCCCUUUCAGAUAUCUGGGCAUACCACUUGACACAAAGAAUCUCUCUGUAAUGCAAUGGCAGCCACUCGUUGAUAAAAUAAUGGCUAGGAUAUCCUCUUGGACAUCAAAGAAGCUCUCAUAUGCAGGCAAAAUUCAAUUGGUGCAACAUGUAAUCUUUGGUAUUCAAGCUUAUUGGGUUCAAAUCUUUAUCAUACCAGCUAAAGUUGUCAAAGCAAUUGAUGCCUACUGUAGAAGCUAUGUGUGGUCAAGGGAGAAUAUAAUUACUAAAAAAGCUUUAGUGGAUCAAGUCUUUGCAACCAUUGGAGCACCAAAGCAGGCAUCAUGGAUGGUCAGGAAAAUACUUGGAGCAAGGGGUAAUCUGGAUGUCAUCAGCAAUAGGCAAAUUCACCAAAGGAAUGUAAUCAAACAGGUUUACUUGCAAAUGUUAGAAAAACUGGCUAAAGUCUCAUGGAAAGGUUUAAUGUAUCAGAAUCAAGCACAACCAAAAGCAAUCUUCUCAAUUUGGCUACAAGUUCAAGGAAGAUUGCUCAUUGCUGACAGAUUGAAGAACUAG